CGAGAUCAGCUGCGCUUGGCUUCUCAAGCGCUGUCAGACGGCUAUGGAGAGAGCCGGCAGUUUCCUUACCAUUGGCAUGGCAGUAAUCUGAUAAUGUGUGAACAAAGACCAUGGGAAUUCAUCCCACUUUCUUCUUCAAAAUAAGCAGCCUCGCAGGUUAUUCUAGCAUUCAAGGUGUUUAAUUCCUAUACUUGCGCAUCUCGAACUUGUCGCAAACCGAGAGUUCAUGUCGUCAUGUUCCACCAGCACCAUACGGCAAAAGUACGGGAUCCACAUGGAAAUACGGGAUAUAUCCACAACUCCAGACUUUUCUGCCAAGAUCCAAUCUCGUAUUCUCAUGCAACCCUAUUUUUGUCGAGCUAAACGGCACUUACUUACUGGGUAUUCGUCUCACUCAAACCCGAUUGCCGGGCUCCAGAAUACCAGAGAGUAGAUAAAUAGAAAGACCAUGGAAGCUCAGUAGAAGGCUUUUGUCACCCCACCACGCUCACUUAACCAGUCUCUCGUUUCUUCGUGUUUUCUUUCGCUCAUAAUGGUUUUCAGCAAUUUGCGAAGCAUCGCCCUAUUGGCGACUGCGAGCCACACACUCGUUAAUGCGGCCAAGUUUGAUCUCCCAAUAAUUUUUGAUAAUUCAUACGCAUCAGUGGUAGUCGAUAUUGGAACUCCAGCCGAGACUUAUCGCCUGCAUUUUGACACGGGCUCAGCUUCAACGUGGGUCGCAAACGAAAGAUGCUCGAUAGCUUGUUCGAAUGGCAGCGGCUAUACAAGAGUCGGCUACAAUGCGUCGGAAUCAUCGACCUCUUUAACACAAGGUCCAUACGAAAGUAUCGAAUAUGCCGGAGGAUACGUAGAGGGUGAUGCGUCAACCGACACGUUCGCCAUCUCAUCUUCCAACAGCACACUCACGUGGCAACAAACCUUCCUUGCUGUAUAUGAGAGCUCAUGGCGGUUUAUCUCUGCCGAUGGCUUCCUGGGUCUUGCAUUCAGCGAGAUUGCCGCAACCAACACUACUACCUUCUUCGAGACUCUUAUGCAGAAAGGUCUCGUCGAUCUCCCACGCUUUGGGAUUUACUAUGGCAAGGAGUUCUUGAACACUGGCGAUGUGGUCGAAGGAGAACUCACUCUCGGAGGCUCGAAAGAGGACGUCUAUGUCAACAGAUCCAUGACAUAUAUUCCUCUACGACAAGAAGUUGUGUACCAGGUCUGGCGCACGGAAUUCAAGUCGGUGUCGGUCUCUACCAAGAACACCACCAUCAAGUCAUUACCCGGCAGCGGUUCUGCAGCAGUCUUCGAUACGGGGGCGGGAUCGAUGGCGAUCCCACCAGAGAUGAUCGACGACGUCUACAACUCCAUCGGAUGGAACUUUACUGCCAUCAUGGAAGGCCAAUAUAUCCCACGAUGCUCAGAGUUCACAGACGCCUGGUCGGUCACAUUCGACUUUGGUAACUGGGAUUCUGCUGAUGGUCAAUACGCCGUCACGUUGACUGGAGAUCAGCUCGCAAGACCUGGCUUCGCCGGGAGCAAUGACAAUUGUUAUCCACCUUUUGAGUCGAGUGAUUCCUUUGGAUUUGCUUUGCUUGGAACCCCGCUCCUUCACCACUUCUACACUGUUUCGGAUUUCGGGGCGAUGGAAGUUGAGAAUUAUCAGCCAAGGAUUGGAUUCGGACAGUUGAAGGAGGAAUACAAGCCUUAAAGUAUAGACAACGAAUGACAAUACUGGUUUUAUGAAAGUAACUCUUCGUUAGCUCGUGACUCCUUAUUUCGCGUUUCUUCUGUGUCGGGAGACGUUUGUGGCACGGCGAUGGUCCGUUUGAGACGCGUUAAUGUUCAUGGCCGAAUCAGUAUUUCCAAAAGCUCGUAUCAAACUCACCUUUCCACGUCAGACCGAGCCUCCAACGUUGGAAAAGGACUCAGUAAAUGGCAGAGCAAAGAUAAGAAAGCAAAUGAGAACCUGAAGGAUCGAGAAUCAGAAAUAGUAAAUCGCUUAUUGUUGAAGAUUUGGAGGUUAAGAGAGAUUUAAGACGCAUCGCGUGAGUUACUCCGGCCUGCAAGCUGCGUCAUUGAAGCCUUCGAACUGCGGAUAUCAUAUCUUCUCGACGCCAGCCCCGUCACAGGGACAUGCGAGUGACGACGCUUUAAGCUUAUCUCCAUGUAACGUCAUCCAAACCUAUACCCAGACCUUAAAAGCACCUCGUUUGGCUUCUUCCAGUAACAUGCAUCCGCAACGCUUUGUGUAGAACGGAUUUAGGACAGGAGCCCAUCCGAUCGAUGUCCCGAUCGCAACAUAGCAGCCUCGUGGCUUGUUUGGGGACAUGCAUAUGCGGUCAUCGUCAAGCAAUUCCACGGAACCAACCAUGGAUAUUUCUUAUUAUUCUCAUCAUUCAAGAGCUUCUCUG